AAAAACCCCCUCCCUGUAAUUGUAUGGCUUUUAAAAUUGAUGAAGAUUGAGAAGUGGAUCCUCAAUUAUUUUCCUUGUCCGUUUCUUGCAAAGAAUCCUCCAGCUAUCAUCCUUUCUCCAAUGCUUGGGUGGUCUUCUCAACAACUCUGUUUUUUUUAUUUUUUUUACCGUGGUGGACAAGCCAACAAUUGAAAAAUGACAAAACCCAUCAUCGUCAACCUCCUCUCCCCUUCCAGUUGUAUUUUUUUUAAGCUCACUAGCUCCAAAUCUCUUUCUUUUUUCCUAUCCCUACAUUCUUGGUAUUUUUAAAUUCCCGCAUUUUCUGGGUCAUUACACUGUAGAAUUCAAGAAGUCCCAAGUUCCACACGAAACAAUCCUAUCCAGUUUCUGCGUCUCUCUCAAAUCUCUACUCUCUCUGGGAAUGGCUCAGAUCUCUUUCUAUUCUCAUAGUGUUCGUUCUCUAUUUCGUUAAGUACUUACACUUCUGUUGCAGAGGUGCAGGGUAGCCCCAAGUUGAGCUUGAAGUGCUGGUUCUUGAGUGCAGUUUCUUGCUUUGUUUUGUACACAUUUGAUGCCUUUGCUUGUAGAAGCCAUGGCAGCUGUUAUAAAUUUCCCGGUUUCGCCUUUCUUAGCUUUUAAUUUGGGCUGUAAGCGUCGGUGUCAAGUUCAGGUUCGAUGUUUGGGUGGUGACAAUUCGAGAGUGUUGUAUUCGGAUUCAGUAGCAGUUGAUGGCGGCCUUACUGUUGGAGAGAAGGAGAGGAUUGAGUCUCCCGUUGAAGCUGGGAAUGGGUUGCCGGGUUACAAAUUUGAGGAGAAGAAAAAUGAGAAGGAUGUAGCUAAAGAACAACUAGAAGUGCUGUGGGAUGAUGGUUAUAGGACCAUGAGUGUGAAAAAUUACCUUGAUAUUGCACAGGACAUAAUUAGGCCGGACGGUGGACCGCCCCGGUGGUUUUGCCCAGUUGACUGCGGCCACCCUUUGAAAGGUUCUCCCAUCCUUCUCUUUUUGCCCGGAAUGGAUGGUGUUGGUUUGGGCCUCAUCUUGCAUCAUAAAGCUCUUGGGAAGGCUUUUGAAGUUAGAUGUAUGCAUAUUCCUGUUUAUGAUCGAACACCAUUUGAAGGUCUUGUGAAAUUUGUAGAAGAAACUGUGAGGAUAGAGCAUGCUUCAAACCCAAAUAAGCCAGUUUAUUUGGUAGGGGAUUCUUUUGGUGGAUGCUUGGCACUUGCUGUUGCUGCUCGUAAUCCUACAUUUGAUCUGGUUCUGAUUUUAGUCAAUCCAGCAACGUCAUUUGGCAGGUCACAGCUGCAACCUCUGCUGCCUGUCUUAGAGGCUUUGCCGGAUGGGCUUCAUUUCACUGUUCCUUAUCUCCUUAGCUUUAUCAUGGGUGAUCCACUGAAGUUGGCAAUGGUCAAUAUUGAAACUAGGUUUCCUCCUGCACUAGUACUAGAGCAAUUGUCUGGCAACCUCACAGCUUUGCUACCACGCCUUUCUGGCUUGGCUAAUAUUAUACCGAAGGAGACUCUUCUUUGGAAGCUAAAGCUCCUAAAAUCAGCUGCUGCUUAUGCUAAUUCACGUCUCCAUGCUGUUAAAGCUGAAGUACUUGUUCUGGCUAGUGGCAGUGAUAACAUGCUACCUAGCAAAGAUGAAGCUGAACGCCUUUCACGUUCAUUACAGAAUUGCAUAGUUCGUCUCUUUAAGGACAAUGGGCAUACCCUUCUAUUGGAAGAUGGCUAUAGUCUGCUGACCAUCAUUAAAUGUACUUCCAAAUACCGUUGUUCAAGGAAGCAUGAUUUCAUCACGGAUUUUCUGCCUCCAAGUAUGUCUGAAUUCAAACAGGAAUUGAACCAGAGAUUUGGGUUAUUUCGUGUUGCUACUAGUCCCAUACUGUUCUCAACACUACCAGAUGGGAAGAUAGUUAAAGGUCUUGCCGGAAUCCCAAAUGAAGGUCCCGUCUUAUUAGUUGGUUACCACAUGUUGUUGGGAUGUGAACUAGGUCCACUUGUUGAAGCAUUCUUGAAAGAGAAGAAUAUUAUGAUUCGCGGUGUAGCGCACCCAGAGAUGUUUUCAAAGAAGCAUGAAGGUCCAUCAAAUGAAUUUGGACCUUUUGAUUUGGUGAAACUGUUUGGUGGCCUUCCUGUCACACCAAGAAACCUUUUCAAAUUGUUUUCAACAAAAUCACAUAUACUCCUUUAUCCAGGAGGUGCACGUGAGGCUCUUCAUCGCAAGGGCGAAAAGUACAAGUUAUUGUGGCCCAACCAGCCUGAAUUUGUUAGAAUGGCUGCAAGAUUUGGUGCCACCAUUGUACCGUUUGGGACUGUUGGAGAAGACGACAUAGCAGAACUGAUUCUUGAUUACAAUGACUUGAUGAAGAUCCCUGUGGUAAGGGAUUAUAUAAGACAAAGUAACCACGAUGCCAUAAGAUUGAGGAAUGAAGAAAAUUUAUUCAUUCCGGGGCUUUUGCCAAAGAUACCUGGUCGGUUUUACUAUCUGUUUGGGAAGCCAAUAGAAACAAAUGGUAGGGAAAAGAUGCUGAAUGAGAAGCAACAUGCAAAUGAGUUGUACUUGCGGAUAAAAUAUGAAGUUGAACGCAUUUUGAUCUACUUGAUAAGUAAGCGAGAAGAGGACCCUUACAGGAGUAUUAUUGAAAGAACUUUAUACCAGUCAAUUCUUGGUCCUGUAGAUCAAGUUCCAACAUUUGAUCCCUGAUCUAUGGGGUUUGAUAGCUAAAUGGGCUCAUGAACGGAGACAGCAGAAAAAGAAAACAAGAUACCAAAUUUUGAAGUGACCAACAAUAUUAACGGAGGAGUUGUUGCUUAUUGGUUGAUGUCACUAUGCCUUUUGAUGCGGCAGUUGAUUCUUGAUUUAGAUCCCUGUGGUAAAUGAUUAUAUAAGACAAAGUAACCGCGAUGUCAUAAGAUUGAGGAAUGAAGAAGAUUUAUUCAUUCCAGAGCCUUUGCCAAAGACACCUGAUUGGUUUUACUAUCUGUUUGGGAAGCCAAUAGAAGCAAGUGGCAGGGAAAAGAUGCUGAAUGAGAAGCAACAUGCAAAUGAGUUGUACUUGCGGAUAAAAUAUGAAGUUGAACGCAUUAUGAUCUACUUGAUAAAUAAGCGAGAAGAGGACCCUUGCAGGAGUAUUAUUGAAAAAACUUUAUACCAGUCAAUUCUUGGUCCUGUAGAUCAAGUUCCAACCUUUGAUCCCUGAUCUAUGGGGUUUGAUAGGUAAAAUGUCUGCAUCUUGUAUAAUAUAAUUUUUUGAAUAUUGAAAGAAGUAUGCUAAAUAUAUUAAAUUUUAUUUGGGAAAA